GUACCAACAAAGCAAGUUGCCACUUGACAAAAUUUCUGUAGAAACGUUGAAGUUAAAAUUCUUUUAAAGUUUGUUUUGUAUCUGCUUUGCGUCUGAGACAAAAAUGAAGCUGAAAAGGUUCCUAGUACGAUACUACCCACCAGGUAUUAUUCUAGAAUAUGAAAAAAGUGGAGAGAUUAAAUCAAAGACCAUUGAUUUACUUGAUUUAAAAGCUCAUACCAAUAUUGAUGCUCUUGUAGAUGAGAUCACCUUAAAAGAACCAUUAGUUACUGCAGCAAAAUCAGGCCAAUUGAAAACACUUGUUUCUCGUUUACAGGAAAAACUGUCACUCUCUAUAAACCAUGAGUUUUACCUGUUCAAGGUACUUAGAGCCCACAUAUUACCACUGACUAAUGUGGCUUUUAACAAGUCUGGUUCAUGUUUCAUCACAGGAAGUUAUGAUCGUACAUGUAAGAUAUGGGAUACAGCCUCUGGAGAGGAACUUCAUACACUGUAUGGUCACAACAACGUCGUCUAUGCAAUCUCUUUUAAUAACCCUUUUGGAGACAAAAUAGCAACUGGAUCAUUUGACAAGACAUUUAGGUUAUGGAAUACAGAAACAGGAAAUUGUUACCGCACCCACCGAGGUCACACAGCUGAAAUUGUAUGUUUGAGUUUUAACCCCCAAAGCACUAUAGUUGCAACUGGCAGUAUGGAUACAGAUGCAAAGCUGUGGGAUGUACAAACUGGGAAAGAACUUUUUAAUUUAUCAGGACAUAGUGAAGAGAUUAUUUCUAUUGCAUUCAACUGCACAGGUACACAACUAAUCACUGGAUCAUUUGACCAUACAGUAACUCUUUGGGAUGUUAACAGUGGCAGACGUAUCCACAAGUUAAUUGGACACAAAGCUGAGGUUAGCAGCUGUCAGUUUAACUGGGACUCUUCCUUGGUUGUUUCUGGCUCCAUGGACAAGACAUGCAAAUUAUGGGACAUAGCCUCAGGAAAAUGUAUUGGAACGUUCCGUGGUCACAAGGACGAAGUUCUAGAUGUUGGCUUUGACCUGGCUGGUCAAUAUUUAUUGACUGCCUCUGCUGAUGGCACUGCUCGUGUUUACAACACUACCACUCACAUUCUAUGUUCAAAACUGGAAGGACAUGAAGGAGAAAUUUCAAAAAUAACAUUCAACCCUCAGGGCACAGCCAUUUUGACAGCAUCUUCAGACAAGACUGCACGAAUAUGGGACCCUGAAACAGGGGCAUGCAAGCAAGUUCUUGAAGGACACACAGAUGAAAUUUUCAGCUGUGCUUUCAAUUAUGAAGGCAACACCAUUAUAACAGGUAGUAAAGAUAACAGCUGCCGUAUAUGGCGGUAGAAAAGACAUAAAGAGAUCAAAAUGAAGCUACAUAUAGUGUGCGAAGAUGUAAAAAGGAUAGCCCUGCCUGCUGGAGAUCAGAGAAAAAAGAGAGAAUUUGGUUUCCUUUUUUUUUCUUUUGUGACAAAACAUUUUGAAAUAGUUUGAAUCUUGAAAUUAUUUUGUCAAGUGAAGGAAAAAACUUAAUUCUUGAAAACAUGUUUGUUUUGCAGUUACAAGCAUACUUUGUGUUUUAUUAUUAACAUUCCAACUCUCUCUCUCUCUCUCUCUCUCUCUCUCUCUCUCUCUCUCUCUCUCUCUCUCUCUCUCUCUCUCUCUCUCUCUCUCUCUCUCUCUCUCUCGCUCUCGCUCUCUCUCUCUCUCUCUCUCUCAUGAGUGUGCACGCACACACACAUACACUUGACUUGGCAAAUGAACUUUAGAGUUAUUGUGAUUCGGAAGGAAAAAAUGGAGUUUUAUUUUUAUAUUUUUGCUUUCUUUUCAUUUGAAAUUUUUUGAUACUUCCAUGAACUGUGCAGCAAUGUAUGUCGUCUUUGGUUUUGAUUUACUCAUUUACUAUUUUUGUCUUUUCUUACAGCAGAUUUCCCAAAGUUUCUUGUGCAUCUUAGAAAUAAUUAAUAUUACUAUUAUUUGAAGUCUUUGUGUUCUGAGUUCAAAUUCGGUCAAGGUUAAUUUUGCCUCUCAUCCUUCUGGGAUCAAUAAAAUAAAGUAUCAGUAAAAUAUUAGGUUGAUUUACUUUAUCUAACCCUUUCUUUCAAACUGUUGAUGUUAUGGCUAUAUAAGGAAAUAUUAUUAGGGCAUGGGCAAUAGAUGGUAGAAUGAUUGGAGCAUUAAACAAAAUUUCUUAUGGCAUUUAUUUUGGCUUUAUAUGUUCCGUGUUCAAAUUCCUUGAAGGUCAAACAGUGGAUUAAACUGAGACACUUUUAUCUUUUUAAGGUCUGUAAAAUAAAGUGCCUUGUACCUAUUUGAGAAAUUAUUAUUAUUAUUGUUCAGUAGUUUUAUUUUCAUAAUGUGCUUUCACUGCACUACCGAGCGCAGCUCUGUGUGCCUUGGGUGUGUGCUGUGGUUUGCUGUGAUGCUCUUAUGGUUACUGUAUUGAAAGUGUUUUGUGUAGGAUGUGUGCAGUGCCCAGUAGUGCAAUUUUCUGUAUGUUAUAUAUAUUUGUAAGUCCUGGUGUUUUUGUUAUGUAUUUGUCUGAAUAUUUUUUUAUUAUACCUAAGGUGCCUACUAUGAUAGGAAUUGUUUCUGUUUUUAGAUUCCACAUUCGAGUUACCUCUAUUUCCAGGUCUUUGUAUUUUGAAAGUUUCUCCAUUUCUUUAGGGAAACGUUGUCAUCUGCUGGUAUUGAUACAUCAAUUAGAAAGCAUUUUUUUUUCCUUCAUGAUCUUUGACAACUAUAUCUGGUCUAUUGGCCUUAAUUUCUCUAUCUGUAUGUAUUAGCAUAUCCCAGAGUAUGGUUGCUUUCUCAUUUUCUGUGACCUUUUCUGGCAUGUGUUUAUACCUUCUUUUUUCUGUUGUUAUUCCAUAGUGUUGGCAUAGCUUCCAGUGUAUAUAGGUCCCAGCU